UCGCGAACACUCUUCUUCUCCAAAGACGCUUAAUCUGACAUUUCGCGUUUCGUAUUUAACCGGGAGUUAUAGAGCGAAGCGACCGCCAGUUAAACGCUUCCGAGUUAUAGUUCGAGUAAUCAAAAGUGGCUGAGAAAACAAAAACAGAGUCUAACGACUCUGAUAACGACAAAGUGUUGCCGUUGAAAAUGCCGCCGUCCUCAAACGCGGAUAGCAGCCAAGCGGCUUCGAGCGUGAUGACGUCUUCGACGGCCGCGGCGGCCGCGUUGCUCGCUUGGCCACCUUUGUUACUACAUCCGUGGGCCCCCGCCCUGCUACCGGGGGCUUGGUGUUCCAGCGCGGCCAUCAGGUCUGCCUUACCGGGAUUACUAGACAGUAUGAAAAUGACGACGUCUUUAGGCACCCAGAGACAACCCGCCGGGUUCGCUAUCAGCGAUAUUCUAGAGUUGGACAGGCAUAACACUCAAAACCCGGAACUAGAUCCAACGAUGUCGGACAAUUCUUUGUACACCACUACCGAUUUGUCUUACAUUCCCAGGCACUGGCCCCAAUUACCCGAUCACGGUCUCCCACCGUUACAUCCGUACCAUCAGCAUCCACCCCCGCCUCAUCAUCCCCCGCAACUUAGCCCCGACAGCACCAGUCCGCCGAUUUCCGACCGCUCUAGCGUCGAGCCGGGUACGUUGCCGGAUUCAAUGUUGUCCCAGACAAACCAGUUGGGAAGCUCGGCUUCCGUUUCGAACGAGGGCAUCAGCGAACCGGAAGGUGAAGACGGCGACAACGAAGAAAGCUCCAAAGACGACGAACAGCAAACGGUACCUGGACACAAGAAACGAAAACGUAGGGUGCUGUUCUCUAAAGCACAAACUUACGAAUUGGAACGAAGGUUUCGUCAGCAACGUUAUUUAUCAGCACCAGAACGAGAACACUUAGCGUCCAUCAUUAGAUUAACGCCCACGCAGGUGAAGAUAUGGUUUCAGAAUCACCGAUAUAAAACCAAAAGGGCGCAACACGAAAAAGGGAUGCACGAUCAACAAAACAACAACCCCCUUCCGUCCCCGCGAAGGGUGGCCGUUCCGGUAUUGGUAAGGGACGGCAAACCUUGUAUGGGAGGCGCUUCGAAACCUCAAGACGGUGUGCAGGUACCGCCGGGUCAUAUGGGACCACUUCUAGGCUCCCACCCACCUCCGCACUCGAUUCUCUUUAGUCAACCGCGGGUGUGGUGGUCGUAAAUGUCGAAAAAAUGUUUUUUAAUUAGCGGUUCUCUUUUAAACGAAUUGUUGUCGGUUAAGUCGUUGUUGUUAUUUGGUUGCCAUAAAAAGACGCUGUUCAUCUUGUAACUGUGUGGCUGAAUGUCUAUUCCGAGGUGGGCUUUGUUCAUAAUUAAUCGCGACCUGGAAAUAUAUAUUUCUGCUUAUAUUGAUUUAUUUUGUUUUCUCUAAUUGAUUUUCUUAUUUGCAACACCGGCUAUACUCGAUAAUAUUUGCCUACAGCUCAAUAUUGAUCGAAGCUCUCUGGAUACCGGAUAAAAAAAACCUCUUUCCGUAUCAAGGAAAACGUAGAAUAAUAUGUCGAAUAUUCCAAUUUUUCUCCAUAUUUGUAGUGAUCACUCAUUUGGUAUCACGUAAUAUUCGUAAUCGUCAUCGAAAAAUUGUUGCUAUGGUCUUGUUUUUAAUUGCUUCAAGCGCGGUUUAUCGAAAUUUCUAUUUAAAAAUUCUAACGAUAAGAUUAAUAUUUUGAUUUGGAAAAAUCAAAAUUGGGCAUCUCUUUUAUUUGCUCGGGACAAAUAUCGACGUCAACAUGCGUCAUUUUAAAUGAGAUAAUCAAAUUGUUUUCAAUGUUUUUGUUUUUUCCCGUCUUGCACUGGAAAAACGAGGAAAUUAAAUAAUAUUGGUAGACUAAUCACAUUUUUAGGCAAAUGGCGUCAUCGACGGAACGUUAAUAUUUUUUCUACAAUUCUUUUUUUUUAAUUGUGGCAAUGAAUUUUCUUCGUAGAGGAAGCACGUAGAUUAAAAAAAAAUCAGUACGUUUUAAGUACUUUGAAGAUUUUUGAUAAGCCAAAGCUGUACCCGACAUAACACGAUUGACGUCAUGCGCUGAUAGCCACGUGCCUAAAAAUUCUAGCCCGUUGUUCGGCGACAAGAAUGUUUUCGCAUUCGUCUUGUUUCUAGUCAUAAUGUAAUUUUUCGCAAAUCUGUACUUCUGCGGUUCUCUAUAGGUUGUAUGUGUAAAUACUUUUUAAAUGUAAAAAAUGUACAUGUAUAGUGUAAAUAGAGAUUUAUUAACAGGGUACUUAAUUUAAUUCUUUUUCGUUUUAUUUGCGGUAUUUGUUGUACAUUUACGUUUUUCAAAAAGAUACAAUCCAAAAAUGUCGCCUUCGUUUUUCGACCCUUGAAGAUCGUUUCCUUUCCAUAGAUGUACCUAGUAAGUUUUCGUGUUCAUUAGAUCCAGGACUCUUUAUAAAGUAAAAUGUUAUCGAACUUUUAUGUUUGCGUAGCAUUAUGUUUAUUAUUUAUUGGUGGUGCAUAAUAAAUUUAUGU